ACAGACUCAAAAGAUGUCCACUCAAAGCAAAAUAAUUAACUGCACCCAAAAAGAAGUUUUUCUCUUGCUGUUCUGCAACUGCCACUAAAACAAUAGUACUUCUACCAAGUAAACUCUUGGAAAGGAAAAUUUUUUAACUAAACAUGGACCCACCUCUGCAAAUGCCAUUACUUCGCUUUCAAGACCAAUCAACUUCCUCUCCAGAUUGUAGUUGGAGUGACCAACUUUAUCUUCUUCAAGCAUUAAACCACCAGUGACCUUCUCUCUUAGUGAUUAAGGUAACAGAAGUUCAAGUUCUAUGAUUGAAGUAUAACCUAUUGUUACAGACAUGGGCAAUUGUGUUCCAGUUCAGAAAAGCACAGAACCUGCCAUGAAGCUCAAACGCUCCACCAAUUCUCAAGGAAACUGCGUCCAAAUUGAAUCACCCAUUAAAGAAGACAAAGUCAAUGGUGUUCUCUCCAUGGCAGAACUCAAUUCCAAUCAUCAAUCCUCCUCUCCAAUGCCUUGUGAAGAGAGUUUGCGAGACUUGAGUAAUAAAGAGGAAAUGUUUUUCGAUUCUCAGCCCUGGUUGGAAUCUGAUAUUGAAGAUUUCAUCAGUGUCAAUGGUGAUUUUACUCCAUUGGGUAGCUCUUCUCCACUUCAUCAGAACGGCUUUAUAAAAAAUCCUGAAUGCGAUGAAUCUCUUGACAUUAGCAGCACUGUAAAUUCAAUGCCUGAAACCUCUUCAACCGAUAUGAAGAAGCAACUAAUUGAGUUCUUCCGUGAGAGUUUCAAUAGUGAUGUUGAUAACAAUCAAAACUUACAAGACAUGACAGAAGCCAAGCCUAUGGCCUUUUACCUUCCUUCAAAAAGCAGUAAUAUAAGUCCCUAUGAAUCUGUGGACGGCUCUAUUUGCAGCAGUGGAACAACUCCAAAUGGGUAUUCCAUCCACACAAAAGUGAUUAUAGUGCAACCCCAUCACACCAAAGAGGAUUAUACUACUAAAGGUACAGUGAAGUUAAUUUUAACAAAUCCAAAUUCAAUUCCAGUGGACUUAAACCACCAAGAUUAACACCAAAGCGUUGUUAAGCGUUUAUUCACCAUUGCAAGGGUAAACACACAACAAAUCCGACGCACAGAAUUAUAUAUCGAUGAUCAACUGAUUAAUCAAAUUCUGGUGCUAAAUUCAUAGUUUAUUUCUAAUCACCUGGUAUGAAAUUGCAUGCAAAUUUAACAAUAUGAGGUUGCUGCAACUGAUAGAAAACUAUCUUUUU